AAAAGGAAAGGAAUGGUCAAGAAAAAGCAAAAAAGCAAGAUAGACAGUUGUGUCUGUGUCGGAAGGUGCGUGGGAUAACUAUACUUUCACGUUCUUACAUCCUAUUCCCAUUUCCCACUUUCCUCUUUCUAUCUCCUCCUUCCGCCGUCAUGGUUUGACUUUCCCGGCGUUCUCGCCGCCCUCUCUUUUCCGAUCCGCUUUUGCAGUAAAUUUUGCGAUGGAAGACACUCAAUCAGUUGCUACACUGUUAGAGGCAACUACUUCUAAAAUUCAGCAGCUUCAGAAAGCGUUUGCAGAGCUUGAGAGUCACCGAGCAGUAACACUUAACAUGAAAUGGAAACAACUUGAAGAGCACUUCCAUGGGCUUGAGAAGUCCCUAAAAAAUCGUUUCAAUGAGCUGAAAGACCAAGAAAAGGAGUAUGAAGAAAAAACAAUUAAAGCCCAAGAGAUACUGGUGAAGCGUGAAGCAGAUGUUAUGGCUAAAGAAAAAGCUCUAUUGGAAAGGCUUCAGAAGAAGAGAGAUGCCGCUGUCUUUGCUGUUGCGAAUGUUGUCACAAAACGUAAAAAGGCACGUGUCGAACCUUUUGUCUUCACCAGUGAUGAUCAAGGAAUGGGUCAAUUUGAUGACGGGAGACCACCUGAUAUAGUAGCCCCCCCUAAAAAACUAGAUGACCUCAAAAAGUUUUGCCAGAACAAAAAUGUGGAGGUGAAGUCAUUUCCUCAGCUCGUACACCUAUGCAAAGAGAAUGAUUCAGCAGGGCUACACAAGUUCAUAUCAGAUAAUCGCAAGAACCUGGCAGCCAUAAAAGAGGAGAUCCCGAUUGCUUUUCAAGCUGCUGUUGAUCCAGCCAGUCUAGUACUGGAUUCCCUCCAGGGUUUCUACAACAUAAAAUUGGCAAAUUUGGAUGGGAAAAAGGAUUCAAAUCUUCUGGGCAUACGUCGAACCUGUAUCAUGUUGAUGGAGUGUCUUAGCCUUCUAAUAGUAAACCUUAGCCUGGAGUCUGUUUCAUAUGUAAUCUCUGACAAUGUAAAAAACAGAGCCAAGGCUAUUGCUGAAGAGUGGAAGCCAAAACUAAAUGAUCUAGAUGUGGAUGCCAGCAAUGGGAACUCACUGGAAGCUCAUGCAUUCUUACAACUUCUUGCUACUUUUGGUAUCAAUUCAGAUUUUGAUCAGGAAAUUUUAUCAAAGCUGAUACCAAUGGUCUCUCGUCGCCACCAAACAGCAGAAUUGUGUCGCUCCCUUGGAUUGUCUGAUAAAAUGCCAGGUGUUAUUGAUGUGUUAGUGAGUAACGGAAGACAGAUUGAUGCUGUUAAUCUAGCAUUUGCCUUUGAGCUUACGGAGACAUACUCUCCAGUUUCACUACUAAAAUCAUACUUGGCAAAUGCAGCGAGAGUCUCCUCACCUGUCAAAUCUCCGAAUUCCACUCUUACUGUUCAGAUUGAGGUUAAUGAAAGGGAAUUGACUGCACUUAAGGCUGUUAUCAAGUGCAUUGAGGAACACAAGCUUCAAGAGCAGUACCCACUAGAUCCUCUCCAGAAGCAGGUUGCCCAGCUAGAGAAAGCAAAAGCAGACAAGAAAAGGGUGUCAGAAGUUUCAAAACCUCAACCUAAAAGACCCCGAGCAAGUGGUAUUGGGUGUGUACCACGAGUAGCUAAUGUUGCUGCUGAGAAGAUCUUCUAUCCUAGAAUGACUGAUAGGUAUACGCAAUACAUAUAUAACAGAUCAUAUGCAUAUCCUGCACCAACUGAGAACCAUGUUCCCUCACAUAUGGGUACUGCUACUUACCACCUAUCUCCUGCUCAUGGAAAUUACUUUGGGAAUGCCUACCAGUACCCAGCUCCUUAUCUUCACUAGUUUAUUAGGCAUGGUAACACUGAUUAAAAUCUUGUUAACUGUUAGUGUUAACUCUUGCAUUAAUGGAUACUGCUCUCUAUGAUUCAGUUUAGCACGAAAUGGCAGGAAAAAACAACUUAUCCUGUUGUUUAUUAAUUUGUUGUAUACACUAAUACUUUGACGACCUAAUCUAUGCACUGUUUCUGUUUCUGUAUUUA